UGGUCACACUUUUGGCUUGAAAUCCCGCGGCCAUCAUUGCGAAUCCGCCAUUUUGCGUAAAGCGCGCUGCCGAAGCACAAUUUUUUUUUUACUUCAGAGAAAAGAAAUAUUCUGCACGAUGCCGGGUGUUACUGUGAAGGAUGUGGACCAGCACGUUCUAACCAAAGUGCUGUCUGCUUUCUUAAAAAAAUCGGGCAAGAUUAAUGUGCCUGAACAGGUGGACUACAUUAAGACGGGCAAGUUUAAGGAAACGUCACCGACUGAACGCGACUGGUUCUACACUCGUUGUGCCUCCAUAAUGCGGCAUCUGUACUUUCGUAGUCCGGCUGGUGUAGCCGCCUUCACAAAGGUGUACAGUGGCCGCAAGCGAAAUGGGGUUCAACCAUCAAAGUAUUGCCGCUCAUCGGAUGGCUGCAUUCGUAUGGCUUUUCACGCACUCGAAGCGGCACGCAUGAUCGAGAAGCAUCCUGAGGGCGGCCGCAAGCUUACGCCCACUGGACAGCGGGACUUGGACCGCUUGGCCAACCAAAUUGUGUUCAAGCAACGUAAAGUCGAGGAUAAACCAGUAAUCUGUAUUGGAGACGAUUAGAGCUAAAUACGGCCAGGAAUAUAAAAUAAAAUGAUUUGCGACUUUA